GGCGGGGCGGGCGCCAUUUUGGCUUCUCCUUCUACUAGCGGCGUUUCCGCUGUUCUGGGCCCGAAGUAAACAAGAAGGCGGCGGCCUUUUUAUUUUGCUCUCGGUUGCUUGCACGACCGAUUGUUGAUUUUAUUCCCAACGGCGGCGACGGUGGUAAACGAGAGCGGGCGGUCCGUCUGAGCCGGACAGGGCCACUGAUGAGGCGGCCGCAGAUGAGCAGGCGAGGCAGUCCCGGCCCGGGUUAAGUGAGGCGCGGGAAGCAGACGACGCCGGCAGAAUGAAACGAGGAAGAAAAAACAGCAAAGCCAGUGAUCAUUUAUCAGAUGAGGAGAAUACAGCAGAUGGUAAAAAGCUGAAGACAACGGAUCAAGGAUGUGCCAGAGUGCUUCAGAGCCCUGACUGGGGAAAUCUCAUUCCAGACAUUGUUCUGCAGGUGUUCCAGUAUUUGCCUCUUCUGGAUCGUGCUCAUGCAUCACAGGUCUGCCGUGGGUGGAACCAGGUGUUCCAUAUGCCUGAACUGUGGAGAUGUUUUGAGUUUGAACUGAAUCAGCCAGCUACAUCUUAUUUGAAGGCUACUCAUCCAGAGCUUAUUAAGCAAAUUAUCAAAAGGCAUUCAAAUCAUUUACAGUAUGUUAGUUUCAAGGUGGACAGCAGCAAGGAAUCAGCUGAAGCAGCUUGUGAUAUUUUAUCACAGCUUGUGAACUGCUCCUUAAAAACUCUUGGAUUAAUUUCCACUGCUCGACCAAGCUUCAUGGAUUUACCAAAGUCACACUUUAUUUCUGCACUGACUGUGGUGUUCGUAAACUCCAAGUCACUUUCUUCGCUUAAGAUAGAUGAUACACCAGUAGAUGAUCCAUCUCUCAAGGUACUAGUGGCUAACAACAGUGACACCCUGAAACUGUUAAAGAUGAACAGCUGUCCUCAUGUUUCUCCAGCAGGGAUCCUCUGUGUCGCUGACCAGUGCCAUGGUUUACGUGAGCUGGCGUUAAACUACCAUCUGCUGAGUGACGACCUCCUCCUUGCCUUGUCAUCAGAAAAACACGUCCGAUUAGAACACUUGCGCAUAGAUGUGGUCAGCGACAACCCUGGACAGACACACUUCCACGCGAUCGAGAAGAGCAGCUGGGAUGCUUUCCUCAGACAUUCUCCCAAAGUCAAUUUAGUCAUGUAUUUUUUCUUAUACGAAGAAGAAUUUGGUCCGUUCUUUCGUUACGAGAUGCCCGUCACUCACCUUUAUUUUGGGAGGUCAGUAAGCAAAGACGUACUUGGCAGAGUUGGAAUGACGUGUCCGCGCUUGGUUGAGCUGGUUGUGUGCGCCAACGGAUUGCGGCCACUGGACGAAGAGCUGAUUUGCAUUGCGGAGCGCUGUAAGAAUUUGUCGGCUAUUGGCCUUGGGGAGUGUGAAGUCUCCUGCAGUGCCUUUGUGGAGUUUGUGAAGAUGUGUGGUGGCCGCCUUUCUCAACUGUCUAUCAUGGAAGAAGUCUUGAUUCCUGACCAGAAGUACAGCUUGGAGCAGAUUCAUUGGGAAGUGUCAAAACAUCUCGGUAGAGUCUGGUUUCCAGAUAUGAUGCCCACAUGGUAGGCUCUCUGAAGACUUCAUGUGAAACACAGCACCUUACGGUUUGAAUAUACCCUAUUGCAUCUAAAUUACAUAAGCUUAUUUAAUACCAUAGAGUUUUAUUGUAAUGUGUUCUAAAAACAUUAAAUGUACUAUUUAAUUCCAGCUUCUAAAAUCUAAGUUGAAGGGAACAAACAGUCUGAGGACAAGCAGAGCACUUAUCUGUAUAAAACUUUUUCUAGCGAUGCUCUGCUUUUCCAUUGUCAGGCCUCUGAUUUAUAUAGAAAAGCUGACUGGUGUUCAGGAUCUGUAUUCCAGGUUUUGCUGAGACACAUUAAAGCAUCACUCUGCAACACGGUGCCCACCAUUGUGUUUCCUGCCCCCCACUUGCUGCUUCCCCUGUGUAUCUUUCACCUGUUGCAAAGAGCCAACCUUGGCCUUAAUCUCUUCCACUGGAAUAGGAGAUGGCUGAGAAGAGCCGGGAGACAUCACCUUGGAUUCUGCAGGGCCUGCACUUGGGAAAAUGGCUGCUUCCAUCAUAAGAGGAGGAGUGGCUUGAAACGGCCUAACAUUUUGUGGAACCUCCCGACAUUUGGGGAAGUAGCCACAUAUUCAGCACUGCGGGGACCCACUGCAUUUACAGUAUUUUAUUGUGCUUCUUUAACUUUCAUUACUGUGAUGGACUGAAACACAAUUUGCAGGGAGAAAAAUGUUGUUUUUUCGGAAUGACUUUUCAUUGGUUAACAUCAGCGUGCAGUGAGAGGUCGAGACUACAAAACAUGCUUAAUAUUACUAUAUAGCAUACAAUAAAUAAUAUGCUGUUAAAUAUCUUGAUAAAAUGAGACAGAGCAAUACAGCUAUAAAACUGGACUGAAAUCUAUAUGUAGACAAAGUAAUUAAUUGUGUGCUGCUUAUUAAAUCACUGUAACAAA